UCUUCCCCUAGUUGAAUGGUCUUAAAAUGGUGGAUGAGCCCAUGGAAGAAGGUGAACCAUAUUCCUACCACGAUGAAGGAAGUGUGAAAGAAAUUCCUAUUACCCAUCACGUGAAAGAAGGAUGCGAGAGAGCAGAUCCUGCACAAUUUGAAUUGCUUAAGGUUCUUGGUCAAGGAUCAUUUGGAAAGGUUUUCCUUGUGAGGAAAAUAAUGGGCCCUGAUGCUGGACAGCUUUAUGCAAUGAAAGUAUUGAAGAAAGCUUCUUUAAAAGUACGAGAUAGAGUUCGGACAAAAAUGGAGAGAGAUAUAUUAGUAGAAGUAAAUCAUCCAUUUAUCGUCAAACUGCACUAUGCCUUUCAGACCGAAGGGAAACUAUAUUUAAUAUUGGAUUUUCUCAGGGGAGGAGAUGUGUUCACACGAUUAUCCAAAGAGGUUAUGUUUACAGAGGAAGAUGUGAAAUUCUACCUCGCAGAACUGGCCCUUGCUUUGGAUCAUCUACACAGCUUGGGAAUUGUAUACAGGGACCUGAAGCCAGAAAACAUUUUGCUUGAUGAAGCAGGACAUAUCAAGUUAACAGACUUUGGACUCAGCAAAGAAUCAGUAGAUCAAGAAAAGAAGGCCUACUCUUUCUGUGGUACUGUAGAAUACAUGGCACCUGAAGUAGUAAACAGGAGAGGCCACAACCAGAGUGCAGAUUGGUGGUCAUUUGGUGUUCUUAUGUUUGAAAUGCUUACUGGCACACUACCAUUUCAAGGUAAAGAUCGAAAUGAAACUAUGAAUAUGAUAUUAAAAGCAAAACUUGGAAUGCCUCAGUUCCUUAGCCCUGAAGCUCAAAGUCUUUUAAGGAUGUUGUUUAAAAGGAACCCAUCAAAUAGAUUAGGAGCUGGUUCAGAUGGAGUUGAAGAAAUCAAGAGACAUCCUUUUUUUUCAACUGUUGACUGGAAUAAACUGUUCAGAAGAGAAAUUCAGCCUCCAUUUAAACCUGCUUCUGGAAAACCAGAAGAUACCUUUUGUUUUGAUCCAGAAUUCACAGCAAAAACACCAAAAGAUUCUCCAGGAGUUCCACCUAGUGCUAAUGCACAUCAGCUCUUCAAAGGAUUUAGCUUUGUGGCAACUACUACUACAGUAGAAGAUCAUAAGAUCUCACCCCUCACCAAUAUAUUGCCAAUAGUACAGCAAAUUCAUGGAAACAGCACACAGUUCACUGAAGUAUAUGAAUUAAAGGAGGAUAUUGGUGUUGGAUCCUACUCUGUUUGCAAGAGAUGUGUACACACAGCCACAAAUAUGGAGUUUGCUGUAAAGAUUAUUGAUAAAAGUAAAAGAGAUCCCUCAGAAGAAAUUGAAAUAUUGAUGCGUUAUGGACAGCACCCAAAUAUUAUUACCUUAAAAGAUGUGUACGAUGAUGGUAGAUGCAUCUACCUUGUCACUGAAUUGAUGAAAGGAGGAGAGCUUCUCGAUCGAAUUCUCAGACAAAAGUUUUUCUCAGAACGGGAAGCUAGUGCUGUAUUGUAUACUAUAACCAAAACUGUUGACUAUCUGCAUUGUCAAGGAGUAGUGCAUCGAGACCUUAAACCUAGUAAUAUUUUAUAUACGGAUGACUCGAACAAUGCUGACUCUAUCAGGAUUUGUGAUUUUGGGUUUGCAAAGCAACUUCGAGGAGAAAACGGACUUCUUUUAACUCCCUGCUACACUGCAAACUUUGUAGCACCAGAGGUUCUCAUGCGACAGGGAUAUGAUGCUGCUUGUGAUAUAUGGAGUUUAGGUGUCCUACUUUAUACAAUGCUAGCAGGCUAUACUCCUUUCGCAAAUGGUCCCAAUGAUACUCCUGAGGAAAUCCUGGUCCGGAUAGGCAGUGGAAAAUUUUCCUUAAGUGGAGGAAACUGGGACACUGUUUCAGAUGCAGCAAAGGACUUGCUAUCCCAUAUGCUUCACGUAGAUCCACAUCAACGCUACACAGCAGAGCAAGUAUUAAAACACUCGUGGAUAGCUUGUAGGGAUCAGCUGCCACAUUAUCAACUAAACAGACAAGAUGCACCACAUCUAGUAAAGGGGGCCAUGGCCGCCACAUAUUCUGCACUGAAUCACAAGACAUUUCAGCCAGUCUUAGAGCCUGUCGCAGCUUCAAGUUUAGCUCAACGACGGAGCAUGAAAAAGCUAACAUCAACAGACUUAUAGAUCCACUGGGGCACCUUAGCCAAACUGGAGCAAGGGAAAAACCAACAAGUGGCUCUGUUUUGCCUGACCUGUGAUCAAAAGGCAUAUAUGGUUUCCUGCUAAACUACUUGAAUUCUAUAAAAGUCCUUUUUUAAAAAAAAAAUCCACAGGUUCAGGGGGAUUCAUACUGUGUUUUACAGGCAGUGUCCAUGUUUAUUUAAGUUGAAUGUCUGGGUGUGUUACACAAACCAUAAGAAAUUUUUGUACAUUGUCUUUUAAGAUUUGUUGCAAAUAUUACUUUACAUUCUGUAUAGUUUCCCUGGGUUCAUAAACAAAUGGUUUAGGGGACCAUUGCCAGUAACCAAGUUGUACAUAAGUGUCAGCAUCAGGCCCUUUUAUGAGAUAUCUGUUGGUUCUCAAAUUUCUUUGUAAUUGGGCACUUAUGAAGGGACUCUGUUUAGCUCACUGAUUGUAAGGCAAGACUAACAGGUGCAUUGUUCCAGGGCAAAAUGGAUUUGUGCUAAUUUAGGAGCUCUCCACUUCUCUGGUGACAAGAAUUGAAAAGUGUUACAUACAAAUAUUUAAAAAGUGACAUGCAUCUUAGGCCUGUACUUGUGUUAAAAUGGUCACUUGUAGACCACAGCAAGCAGUGAUAAGCAAGUGAUCUCACAGAGGGGAACAGGUGUUUCUAUUGUCACUUUGUACCUUUUCACAAAUAAUUAUAAGCUUAGAGAAACGCAUCUGCUUUCACCAUAUAGAAUUUAACUGUUCUGCACUGAGCUGUGAAAAGUGAUAACAUUGAAAAACAAGAGCCUAAAUGGUAUUGGUACUACUUUGGAUUAGGAUGUUACGUCUCCAGAUAAACCAAUAUACUCUGUGUUGCCUAUCCUGCACAGGGACCAUAUUGCUGUUUCUUUAGCUGUCUUUUCUGUUGGAUAGCAGUAUAUCCAAUUUUAACUUGUCCUGGAUUGUAAGGUGUAAACUGACACUUUAUUGUAGCAUACUUGGCAUAUGGUUUUUUAUUAUUUUUAUUUAUUUAACAUUAUGUAAAAU